GUGGAUACGCGUUCCUUUUUUGCGGGACGACGUGUUUGCGGGACAAGGGUCUAGGUGACGGGCGGAGGUGGUAGGAAGAGGAGGGCGGAGGCGGCGGGCGGAGGCCCGCGGAAGAGGAGGUGGCGACGGAGGAGGAGGUGGUGGGCGGAGGAGGAGGUGGCGAGCGGAGGAGGGGUUCAGAGGUGGGCGGGCGGAGGUGGGCGCAUGCGGGCGGAUGUUGGCGGAGGUUGGCAGAGGCGGGCGGAUGACGUGGUGGGCGGAGGUGGGUGGGCGGAGGUGGGCUUGUGGUAGGAGGUGGGCAGGCGGAGGUAGGCUGAUGCGGGCGGAAGGAGGGCAGAUGCGAGCGGACUCAGCGGAGGAGGGGUUCGGAGGUGGGUUGAUGCGAGCGGAGGAGGGGUUUGAAGGUGGGCGGGCGGAGGCGGGCGCAUGCGGGCGGAUGUUGGCGGAGGUUGGCGGAGGCGGGCGAAUGACGUGGUGGGCGGAGGUGGGCGGGCGGAGGAGACGGAGGACGAGAUGGAGGAGGAGGAGGAGACGGAGGACAUGGGGGAGGACAUGGAGGAGAUGGAGGAGACGGAGCGGGAGUAGAUGGAGGAGAGAUACGGAGGAGGUAGAUGGAGGAGAACAUGGAGGAGGAAGACAUGAAGGAGGUGGACGAGAUAGAGGACGAGGAGGCGAUGGAGGAGAUGGGCGAGGACGUGGAGGAGAUGGAGGAUAUGGAGUGGAAGGAGAUGGAGGAGGAGGAUAUGGAGCAAGAGGAGGAGAUGGAGGACAUGGACGAGGAGGAGAAUAUGGAGGAGGAGGGGAUGGAGCAAGGUAUGUUGUAGUAGGAGGAGAUGGAGGAGUUGGAGGUGGAGGAGAUGGAGGAGAUGGAGGAGAUGGAGGAGAUGCGGAGAUGGAGGAAAUGGAGGAGGAGGAGGACAUGGAGGACAUGGAGGAGGGCAUGGAGGAGGAGGAGAUGGAGGAGAUGGAGAUGGAGGAGAUGGAGGAGAUGGAGGACAUGGAGGAGGAGGAGGAGAUGGAGGACAUGGAGGAGGGCAUGGAGGAGGAGGAGAUGGAGGAGGAUGGAGGAGAUGGAGGGGAUGGAGGAGAUGUAGGAGAUGGAGGACGAAGAGAUGGAGGAGGCCUUGGCGUACAUGGUGGAAGUGUUGAGAAGAUGGACGUCGUGUUCACGGGUUCGAGGUCCAGAGCAAUCGAGCACUUCACGAAACCGAAGGCACACUGCCCCCGACGGAAUGGGGAGAUUUUGUAUAGACUGCAAGCGGAUGGUGCUUUGUUGAGGGAUGCAUUGUCACUCAGACUGGCUGCUGAGCACGCAGACAGGUUGGAUGGAGAGCUUGCCGCCGAGGACCUGCGUGAGUUGGACGAGCCAUGCGACCCGGUGUCGGAUCGUGCAGGAGGAGUUGGAGACGGUGAUCGUGGUGAUGGUGGUACACAGCAGGGGCAGGACACCGGGACUGUGAGAAAUGAGUUGCGGGGCGUUGAAGGUGCAGGAGAUGGUGGAAGGGAUGGAGGGGGAGCUCGGGUUACUGUAACGACGACCACCACCUCCACACAGGUCGUGCCGAGGAGGAGACAGACGACCCUAGAUGUUCACCUAGGGAACAAGGUCCGACAGGAUCUUGAUCGUCUGUUGGCCCUUGCUAUCUAUCGAGGUGGAGUGCCCUUCAACUAGUUGCGGUUGAAGGAAUAUGUUUUUCGCUAUUUUAGUGCGUCUCCCGUUUUC